GAAGUGGUCUGACCUUUAGGUGUCAUAUUUUGUUCCGCGCUUGAUGCUACAAGUAUAUAAAUGAGUGGCAGAGACCUUCUGCACUCAUGAUAUCCUUAACAUCUGCAUGAUGUUGCGGUCAUCAGUGCUGCUGCUUCUGUUAUGCAGCGUCUGCUGCCAAGACUUGGCAACAGGGUCGCCUCCCACGUAUGAGCACAGAGAUCCGUACACGGGGCUGACCCUCGCAUGCAAGAAGUGUCCCCCGGGCACGCACAUGUCAGCUCACUGCACUGCCGCCACGCAAACACAGUGUGCCCCGUGCAAAGAUGAGCACUUCACCGAGCUGUGGAACUAUUUGCCCAAGUGUCUGUACUGCAACAACUUCUGUGUGGGUGACAAGGUGGUGGAGACUGAGUGCAGCUCACGCAGCAACAGAGUGUGUCAAUGCAAGGAGGGCUAUUACAUGAUGUAUGACUACUGCAAUAGACAUUCGGAGUGUGACCCCGGGCAUGGUGUUCUUACCAGAGGUACAUCAAAAAGUGAUACAAUGUGUCAAAAAUGCUCCAGCGGCUACUUUUCUGCCUCUUACUCUGCAAUAGAGGCGUGUGCCAAACACACGAAAUGUGCCAGCGAGCAGCUGGUGCUCCUCAAUGGCUCCUCAACCCAGGACACAGUGUGUGGCCUUUGCGAAGAGCUUGCAAAUGGAGGUGAGCUGCUGAGGACCUUUCUCUCAAGCUUCUUUAGUAUGCAGAGAAUGCGUCCAGGGAAAAUGAAGAGAUUUGUCAACAGGUACAUAAAAAAUCCAGAGCGGGAAAGGCACACCGUGCACUCAGUUUUGCUUCGACAUGGGAAGCGACAUCAUUGGUUAGAUCUCAUCAGGAUGUGGCUCCAUCAGGCCACAAGGGUGCAGCUCGAGAAACUGCCCAGUAUGCUGAGAGCGUCUCAGCUCAACAACGUGGCAGAGAAGCUCGGCAAGAGACUCAGAGACAUCCAAGAGCAAAAGCCAAACUGUACAUUAACACAUUUAUUCUCAUUUAACUGAAGAUUGGAUUUUUUAACCCUUUGUAGGGCUAGUGAGUAUUUUUGUUAACUAAAAAAAGACAUCACAUUUUGAGUCAUUUAGGCCACACUUGUAUAGAAAAUGUUAACACUGUGGCCUGCGUGACCCAAAUUGUGAUGUCGUGAGGUCUUCAUGAGGCCAAGUUAAAUUAUUUUCAAGUACCAAAAAUAGUCACUUCCACUGUAAAGGGUUUAAAGUAUAAGAUUCACCAGGACAAAGCUUUUUCCAAUUUUUGGUAACUGUAUAUCCCCCAUGUCUCAAAUGAUAGUUUGCAGACCUUGAACUUAAGUAAAUUAAAAUAAA